AUGGAAACUGCCGCAGAGCCGCGGCUUGACCCCAUUGAAGUGGACAGGAGUUUUGUUUUGUCACUUUUCCAUGGAUUCUGUAAUUCGGUCCCGAACGAUAUGCGGAAGAAGCUGGUGAGCGAGCAGACUGACGUGUUGCAGUUUAUGUUGGCUGUUAGGCCCCGUAUAACACCUUUUGCGCACCGCCAGCUCUUCUCUCUGCGACAUCCGGCGGUUUCCUGGAUGUCGCGCCGCUACUUCACCGCGCUUCGAACCUUUCUUGAUGAAAAUGAUCUUCGCAAUACAGAACAAGGAAUUUCCUGCACCUCAACGCCCACAAGAUCAGGCUGCGAACCCGCAGAUCGUAGCAGCAGGAACUCCACGUUACUUCCGGCGUCAUUGAACCCCAAAUCCAUCAAGGCGAAAGACCUGCGCGCGUACAACUGGAAUUGUAUCGAGUCGUGCCACAAAAUUCUUAUAGGGGAGUCGCCAUUCAGUGCUCUAGCGCUAGAGAGCAUAUUAAGUAAUGAAAAGUUGUUGGAUAUUGUUCGGCGAUAUUGGGACCGCUUGACGUGCCCGACAACUGGGGCUGAUAUUUAUGGGGCGUUUGAUGCCAGUGGCACCGUACAUCCUCGCAAUGCAUCUUCACCGGUCCCUGAGUUGAUCCAGCGCGCAAACCAAAUGACACCCACACAGUACACCUAUCUCCACAUGCGUUUUGCUCAGAUCCUGCUCCCGCCUGGGGCUUUAGAAGCAGAAAUCUUUGAUGGUAUCAUUUCUGAUCUACGAGUUGAUGGGAAGUAUCCGCGGAGGACAGCGGGCCUCUUUCCACCGGCAUCCGCAGUGGGUCCAUUCCUUCAGGAUACUGUAGAUAUUUUACUGGAUCCGGAACGCCACAUUGCAAAGCAGAUGUUACCUAAUUUAUCCGAUAACGUAGCAAUGGAGGGUGAGAUGAAUUCCAUUAGAUCGGCGCUUGCCCUGCCUAAGACUGGUGCCUCUCUGUUGGCUCUACCAGAAAUAACCUUUGCGCAGUUUUUUUACUCCAUCGUUGAACUCGCAGACAACUGGACGAGCACGGCACACCCUAACGAAUACGUGGCGUUCCUCACGGAAUUGUACUGCGAGGCGUUCGGCCAUGAUUGGGACGAUGAGGACCCCGUGCUUAAGAAGGCGUUUCGCCCCGCCGAGCGCACGCCUGUCCCACUACCCCCUGAUUCCCGGACCAGCAACGAACAACUCGCCGAUCAGGGUGACCCGGCUGCUCAUCUCUUGGCGGAGUAUGCCACCGCACUCUCGGCUAGCAAGCCCCCCUUGUAUGUAUUCAACAAAAUCACUGGAAUGAGUCAGGACUACCGCAGAGGUGUGACCAGUGCUGUACGGGACCUCGGUCUGAGCAGACCAAGAACUGGCGAGGAACAGGCGGACGUGACUUCCGUUUCCACAAAUGAAGGCUUGGAGGUUGGCGGUAGGCUACCGAGGCGCCAGAGAAGGUCUGAGGGGAGCUUUAUUGAAGCUGAUAGUGAAAUUAGCGGUUUGGAGGGAUUGUACGAGGUAGGGGACGUGGAUGACAGAGAGCUAAGAGGUUCCCAGAGGGCACGGCUUCCGUGGCGGCCUCACGAUCGCAGAUGGACAGGAAUUAGCAGGGGUGGCUCAUUGAGUUCAUUUCCGGAGACUUACAACACUGACAUGCAGACUGACAGUUGCGGCACGAGUCCCGUCCCAGAAUCGUUCGGUUUUCAUCACAGGCCUCGUGAGGGGCGAAUCCCGAGCUUAUUAGACAAGCGGAAGAGUGUAACGCGUGCGGUGUGUGGCGAGGGUGGUGAGCUCACUAAUCGGUUUGAAUCCGGUGAAAGCCGUGAGAGCUUUGAACUUUCUAUGAGCAGAUGGGAAAGUGUUGGAACAGAAGGCAGCGAAUCCCGUGUAGAUAAGGGAAGGGCGUUCCCCUCGUCCGGAAAUGUAACUCCUGAAUCGGCGGGCCGGCGGUCCCCUCGUAAGAGGAAGGCCACCGCUGUGGCUCGUGAGGGUGGUUCCAAGUCGAAGCGUUCGAAUGAUGCGAAGGCGUCGUCCGGCGCUGCCUCCAAAGCUCGUUCUGUACGCUCGCCAGGGGGUGGUAUCCACCAUAUAACUCGUGAAGGCGAAACAGAAGAAUUUGACGAGGAAGCUGAAAUCUCGGAUUCAUCGUCUGCAGAUGACCUGCAUAGCGGCGAUGAACGUGAUGAAGAGGGCGACCGAAGGGGCCGCGGCCGGAAGGCUGGCCGCGCUCGCGGGCAUGUUAAAACUCUUAGAUGGCCCGAAGGUUCCGGACACUCGGAGACUAGUGAGUAUGAUGAUGAGCAAAGUGAGGAGGGACUCCCAGCUAUUUAUGAUGAAGAGGGUAGGAGGCUACACCCUCCUCUUCACCAACAGAAACACAAGGGUCGCUCGCCGCGGACUUCGCAAGGAUUUGCUGUUGGUGACGCGGAUGGCAGCGGUGGUGGUGUGUCAGCUGCCUAUGGGUACAAUGCAAGGAUGUUGCAGGGCAAGGGUAGGUGGCUGUCAAACACCGAGAUGAAGUGCGAGUUGGGGGUUUCACACUCCCCUGGGGGUGGUGGAGCUACGGGCCUGCGACCCUCCGACGAACGAAGUGAAGGCUCUGACUCGGACAAUGAGGCCUUGGCUCCCCUCUUACUUGACCAGAAGCGCAUUGAACAGAAGUUACGAGAACUCGAGGCCGAGCAGCAGCGCCUACAGGCAUCUCGUGGCCGUGGGGGUAGAAAUAUUCAUGAGCUACUGGAAGGUACUUCCGAUGGUGUCGGGAGACUUAUAAAGUUCCGUCUGUCUUCCGUUGAGCGGCAGCGUUUGACUACUGAGGAAGUUAAUCAGUACCGAAAUGUGAUUAUAAAUAGACUAUUAGCAAAGGGUGUUAAUAUACCACCCGAGUCGCUGACGGAUGACGAUGUUCUUAAUCUUAUGGAGGACAAUUUGCAACCGGAGCUCGUUCAGAGGUUGAUGCAAUUAAUGGAGGGGUAUUCGGAGGACUUGGCGUGCUCUGACCUUUUGGAUGCUCUUCUUAGUGACGAUGCUAAGAUUUUCACAGCGAGCGGCGCUAUGGAGGCAUCUGUCCUUGGUGCACUGUGCAAGAAAAGUGAACAUCGUCCUGUGGAGACGGCGUAUAUGCGCUAUCUGCGGGAGAAAAGGGAACGCGAGUUGCGAGAAGAAAUAAAGGCUGCGAAGGAGCGCUACCGGGCCACGCAGAAUGCCCUGAGGGAGGCGCAGGCGAAAGAUGCCACUCCCACAGCUGUUGUUCCUAUCACAGAGCAUAUACCCACGCCUCCAAGAGCACCUGCUUUUCUGCCAGCUCUACCCCUGCUCAGUUCCGCGAGAGUGGGAGGGCCCAAACGGCCGACACCCAAAGGACCGAAUGCGUUUUACCAUGAGAUGGAUGAUUUCGAUACUGUCGUCCAUAUGCGGCCACAACCACCGUCCCGCGGGCCGAUGCACUUGGUGCCGAGGCAUCCCCUUUUUCCACGCCGGUUGCCUCAAGCACAUCGGGCGCGGUUUACUUUGCCAAGUAUCCAUCUGCCCACCCAGCGAUAUGCUAAUGAGUACUAUUGCGAAGAGGAUGCUAAUGGCAUUAGGGUGCGUAUUCAUUCGAAGCGCCGUCUGAGACUGUUCUACCGCGAAAUACGCGUUGACCGACCCAUCCUCGGCCGGGCCCCACUGGCUCCACUGACCUCUAUAAUUGGAGGCACGUACCACCAGUUGGCCGCCCUUCGCGUACGCUGCCGCCGCCGUCGCCGAUUCCGUUUACAUAUGCUCAGGAACCUUGCAAAUGAGAGGAAUCUGUUGCCUCUUCCCAGGUAUGUGCCUGUGAAGCUCUUCUCUCUCACAACCAAGACUACUUUGGCUGAGGCACUGAGGGAGAGUCUGAUGUGUUACAUCAACGACAAGGCAUAUCUGGAUACACUAUACGGGGACAUGCGAAGGUGA